AUGCCAACUGGGGGUGGUAAAACCAUCUGCUAUGCAGUGCCUGCGCUAAUAAAGCCUAAAGUAACUGUGGUAAUAUUUCCCCUGCUUGCAUUGUUGCUUGAUCAAGUGGAAAGGAUGCGAUCACAAGGUUUAAAUGUUUGUUUCUUUAUGUCAGACAUGGAUGAAGCAGAAAGAGAAAAUGCAAUGCAAAAACUUCUAGCGACUCCUCCUGAGUACAACUUUCUUUUUGCAACACCAGAAACCGUGUUAACUCCAGCUCUUUUUGAGUUGUUACAAAAACUGUCCUCGGAAAGUUUAAUUAAUUUUUUUGUAAUUGAUGAAGCCCAUUGCAUUGACACCUGGGACUCCCAUUUCCGCCCAAGCUAUUCAGAGCUUUCGAAGCUGCAGACAUUUGGGUGUCCCAUUUUGGCCAUGACAGGAACAGCGACACGACAAACUGAGCAGGUGAUUUUGAAUAGUUUGAGACUCUCUCUAGAAGAGACCAAGGUCAUCAGAAAGCCUUCAAACCGCCCAAAUCUUCUUUUCCAUGUGGUGGCAAAGAAAGCAGAUGGCAAAGAGGCAAUUGUGUCACUUGUCAAAAAGGAAUUCCCAGAAUAGUGUGGCAUUAUCUGCUGUGUAGAAAGAAAAGACACCAUUGAUAUUGCCUAUCAUUUGAAAACAGCAGGUGUAAAUGCUGUAUUUUUUCAUGCUGGGAUGGAUGUUAAGUCAAAACAAGAAACUGUGGAAUCAUGGAAGUUGGGUGCUGUGCAUGUCAUUUGUGCAACUGUUGCAUUUGGGAUGGGCAUUAACAAAUCUGAUGUAAGAUUUGUCGUACACCACAGUAUGCCCAAGGAUUUGGAAAGUUACGUUCAAGAAUCCUGUCGGGCGGGAAGAGAUGGCAAUGAUGCGCACUGUUAUAUCUUCUUUAGGUUUGAAGAUAAAACAAAACACUUGAGCAAUAUCUCAUCGCUACCAGAUGGGGAUCGCAAAUUGGUGUACUUGAACGGUCUGAAUGAUAUGGUCAAGUACUGUAUUAUCCCAGUUUAUAGAAGGCAACAUAUCGCAUCUUAUUUUGGUGAUGGUGGGGCUGGAAUAAACUGUGCCAAGUCAUGUGACAUUUGUUCAAGUGGUAAUUUGGAACAUUCCAUAGACUUCAGUGAUGAUGCUAUUCAAAUUUUAAACUGUCUCGAUUCUAUGCAGCAGCUACAGCCACAAGUGACAACAAAGUUGUUGGUAUUAACAUUCAGUGGAUCAAAGUCAAAUGCUGUUAUUUCAAAAGGCUUAGAGAAUGUCAAUGAGUAUGGCAAGGGCAAAAACAAGUUUAGCGAGAAAGGAUUACUGAAGUUCAUACAGUGCUUGAUCAUUGAAAACAUUGUGCAUGAACAACUACCAUCUGCAAAUGAGAACAGCACAACACCAUACUUAGUUAGAGGAAUAAAUGCUUCCAGACUUACAAACAGUGAGCUAACUUUCCUUUAUUAUGCAAAAUAG